AUGGCAUCGUCAUCUAACUAUAAUCCGUGUUCUAAUACAUCAUGCAGCAAAGGUAUUGGUAUUUUAAUGUGUCAAGGAUGUCAACGAAUAUUUUGUCGAAAACACUCAAAUGAACAUCAUCAAGAAUUAGGUAGAGAAUUGGAAAACAUCGCUUUUGAACACAAUGCCACGCAGCAACAAUUAAAGCAAUUGCAUAUGAACGAUGAUAAAUUAAAAAAACAAAUUGAUGAAUGGGAACAAGGAGCGAUCAAUAGAAUAAAAGCUGUAGCCGAAAAAGUACGAAAUGAAAUUCAACAACUACUUCAUGGUAACACUCUCAUCUUAGUAAAACGACUUAAUGAAAUAGCAGAUGAAAUUACUUUGCGACGAGAAACAGAAGACUAUCUUGAAACCGACCUUAAUAAAUGGACUCAACAAUUAAAUGAAACAAAAGAUAAAAUGCACAAAGUGACUGAUAUCCAAAUACACGAUGAUGCUUUCUGUAAAAUUAAUAUGAUCAAAGUUCAAACACGAGAAACAUUUGAUUCAUUGCAAGGUCCCAUGGAAAUAAAAGAAGAUGGUUUGAUGGCUGUUCACUGUGGAGGGGACAGGAUUAGUUCGAGUGUUUAUGGCUCGAACAUUUACUCAGAUGACAUUCAUCAAAUAUCUAUAAAAGUCGAAAAAAUGAAAGAUAAUAGUUGGAUGUUUUUUGGAAUUAAUUCGUUGGCAACAGAAAUAAGACAAAAUGCAUCUUAUUCACCAUCUGCAUACGGUUGGAUUGGUAGUGGAGCACGAGAGAAAUAUGUGGUUUUGAUGGGUGCCGGGAAUAAUACUGGUUUUAAUGGAUGGAAUGUAUUAAUGGAAACAAAUAAAGCUAAACUAGUUUUUAUGCACAAUGGUUAUACGUAUAUUAUUAGCAAAAGAUCUAGACAAAAAACAAUAUGGGCACGUCGUCAUAAUCGUCAUAGUCAAUGUCGUGGACGUCUACAUACAAUCAAUAAUACAGUUGUCAAUGAAGUUGGAGAAUAUACUCAUGAGCCAAGUUCAGUUGACGGUGAAGUAAUACAAGCAAUAGCAGCAUAG